AGCUCAAGACCAUCUACUGCUUUGUCCCCAAGGCCGCCUGCACGAGCUGGAAGGUGUGGUUCCGCUAGCAGCAUAACCUGCCCAACAUCUCCGACGUCUACCUCGCACACGACCCCAAGCACUCCGGUCUCCACGUCCUCGUGUCCGGAUACACCGAAUCCCCCGUCAUGGCGCUGCUCAUCCGCCCGGACUUCUUCAAGUUCACCUUUGUCCGCCACCCGUUCGCACGCCUCGCCUCGGCUUAUCUGAACAAGCAUGUGAACGGGGGCCCCCCGCAGGGGCGGGCGUUUUGGAACAAGCGGUUUUUCCAUGGCACAAGGCCGUUCCAGUGGCUGGUAGAGCAGCAGAAUGGGUCGGACCUGCUGCAGUUUGCCGACUUUGUGGGGCUGCUGAGAACCAUGUUCAAGAGGCGGUGACGCACCAUGGAACCCCAUGUUGCUCCUCAGGUGGACGUCUGUCGACUGAACGACAUUCGCUUUGACUUUGUGGGCCAUUUUGAAAACCUGGCAGAGGACGUUCCAGUGGUGAUGCAGCGGUUGACCGCACCAUCACGUUUGAAGCCUUCUCCAUCGGAAAAUCCGCCCACCCCACCAAUGCUCGCGACAAAUUCCUUGAUCUAUUCGAUCAGAGAGCUUAUGAUGAGGCGGUUGAGUUUCUCUCUAUAGACAUGACUGUGCCCCUCAACAACAUCUCGUUUUCACCUCCCCCAAGAUUACUAGAGCACUUUGGGGAAUUAAAUAAGGCUCGCACCAGUCGCAAUAAAGGGCAUAGGAGAUAGGGCAAAAGAAACACAAGCUUGACUCGAGUUUGUUUGCCAUUUUAGUGAUGUUGCGGCAUUAGGCUUUUAGGGGCUGGAAUAUCUAUU